AUGGACACUACAACACCAGCAAAUGAGGAGCAGAUAGCAGCACAGAGACAGCAAGUAAACCGGUCAAGUUUCUAUAUGCUUCUUUUCCUGUUUUCCUUGCUCUUUUUCAACUUUUCAGACGACAGCUCUGUCAGAACAGGAAAGCCCACAAAGAAUGAUAUAUUGGAAGAUUUGGAGCAGGAGAAAGAGUUGCUGAACAACCUGACAUUUGGUGUUAAUAUCACUCAUCCUUUACCACACUCGCUUGAAGCGCCUCUACAAGACCUGUGGUCCAUUGAAGAAUCGCCUAAAUCUCAUUACUACCACAACAUUACAGGCAUCUUUAGAGGUGAGUGGAAGAACAGUAACAUCAGCGUGCCCGAGUAUGUCAAUAAAACGGCCAUGGAGCAAGCGAGACACACAUUUCAGUUUGAUGGACCUGGUUCAUUCACUCUGAAUCUCAAGUCGACAGUAACAUUGGACAAAGACAUCAACUAUAUCGAGGGAUACAUUCGUCUGAAAGAUGCAGAUAAAAGCGAUUCUGGCGCGCUACUGCUGGCAGGGGGCGUUCAUUUCUUGAAUAACGGAUCGCUGUAUAUGAUGGCUGUUCCAGAAGGGUUUGCUAUUCCUUUAGAUGAUCUUUUGCACAUGCUUCCCACCAAUGAAACGCUGGUAGCGGCUAGAAAUGUGAUUGACGAGCAAAUUGAUAAGAGAAUUGAUGAAUUAAGGCGAGAGAAAUACUGGGAUUGGCAAGACAUAGACGAUGCGGAUAAUACAGCCAACUUACCAUUCACAUGCCAAUUUCAGCUAUUUGGCCAGUUACACCCAGUGUCAUCACACAUCAAAAUGUCAGAGCUGUUAGAGUACGAAAGAGAGCUCCAGUACCCUCAAGGUAUUUCGACGAUCGAUCCUCCACCUCUUUUGUUAUCCACCGAGAUGUAUUCUCCCAACUGCGAACUAUUGAUUUCGAGCAGAAAGACGGAUGGUAUCAAGAUUGAGAACUAUUACAGCAAGGCAGUCGUCUAUGCUGGCAUUGCAAGUGUGAUAGCCGUGAUACAGAUAUUCUCACUGACCCAUCAAAUGGAGUAUACGCCUACCCCUUCGAGCGUUUCCAAUGUGUCGUACUGGACGAUUGCUAUGCAGGCUAUCAUGGACGGAUAUCUGUGCCUACUGUAUAUUACAACAGGUGUUGUAGUUGAAAAUGUGUUUAUACCAUUUGCUACUGCUGCAUUCUUCACAUUUGUCUUGGUCUCCGUGUUUGGCAUGCGCUAUUUGCUGGUCGUGUGGAGAAUACAAAGGCCCGAGUCCAUUCGGCCAAGCUCACCGACACCGACACCGGCUGCUAAUGAUGAUGAGGAUAGUGAUCGCCGUGCUCCCGAUACCGAAAACUUGAUACCUGUAGCCAAUGUGCGAAGACCCAACACAGCUGAGGUGCCCAAUCCUCAACGCGACAUCACCUACUUGUACUAUCGAUUAUACGCUGUGCUAUUACUCGGAUUGUUCUUAUUUUAUCAGUCGGUGACCAGAUCAGCAUUUGUACAGAACAUCAUUGUAGGCACAUUGGGAUUCUUGUUCUAUUCAUUUUGGGUUCCACAAAUUGUACGAAAUGUAUUCAGAGGUUGUCGACAUCCUCUUAGCCAUCGCUACAUUUUGGUGAUGAGCACUACUCGUUUAGGCAUUCCAUUAUACUUUUAUGGAUGUCCAAACAAUCUCAUUGGGCACCAAAGUACACCUUGGGUGUAUGCCCUCGUUGCGUAUGUUGCAGUACAAGCCAUGAUUCUGUUCCUUCAGGAUGCAUUUGGGCCUAGAUUCUUUGUACCAUCUCGUUACUUACCUCAGACUUACAACUACCAUCCAAUUUUAUCGGUCGAUGACGAGGAAACAAGCGAGGAUCCAAUGGGGAAACCGCAGCAACCAAAAGACUGUGCCAUUUGUAUGCUGCCAGUAGAUACCAAUCAUCAUGGACACGCUGGUCUCAAUGUAUUAUCGAGAACAAAUUACAUGAUAACACCUUGUCACCACAUGUUUCACACAGAAUGUCUAGAGAAGUGGAUGAGAAUUAAGCUAGAAUGCCCAGUCUGUAGAGCUUACUUGCCAGCUUGUUAA